AUGGAUCCCUCUUUGACGCGCGAUCUGCCAAAUUCGGCCCCUAAUCCCACAAAGAUACCAUCUCCCUCUACGGCUUCUAAGCAAUCACCGCGACCGGGAAUCGGUCGCAUUCUAUCAUUACCUCCACAAUGGCUCUCCAUGUACGACGAGUUUAUAACCAAAAACGCCGGCCAAGUUUCGCAGAUUGAGAGCGCUCUAAGGAGCUUGACAUAUAUAAUUCCAGGCCGGUUCCGCGAUGCUGAAAUCGCAUCCGAGUCGAUUCACUCGGGUGUCCAACUCCUAUCACUAUACCAUGACUCCCUACUUCAGAAGGCUAUUGCACGUCUGCCGAUGGCCAAGAUGUUAUGGGAGAUGACGGCCAAGAGAAAGGGUGGCGAAAAGUCCCGGUGGAAGGUCGUCUUGCUCCUUGAAGGACUAAAGGCAUUUUGCCGGCUUUUGCUUCUACGCAUUACCAAGUCUCGACCACUAGUCACGCCGGUGUUGCCGGAGCGGGAGCCGAUUCCCGAAGACGUAGCAGCUGCGGAUGAGGAUGAAGAGAUUGCAUACCGAAGUGAGAGCGAGCUGAUGGAUGAGAUAUCGGCGGACGGGUCAGGGUCUUCGCAGUCGUCGAGACCCGCGCACGAGCGCGAGUGGAACAUGCCCCGAACGGGCAUGAGCCUGCCAUCGCUGCCUACUGGAGGAGAUAUCAGCUCCUACUUGCUGGGUCGUGUAUUGACCGCUGAUGACAUUAAGCCUGCUACUAAGCUGCUCAACCAGCUCCAAGGCAGCAGCCACGGUGCCGAGAUCCUGCAGAUCUUGUCGCCACUCAUCUACGCUGCCGCCAUGGCUCACAACAUCAGACGUGGAGGGGACAAGAAAGCUUGGACCCCCUGGCUGAUCGGAUUUGCAGUCGAGUACGCGGCCCGACAAUUGAGGGACCGCGGUCUGCGGACUACGUCCCUGGAGCGUGAAGAAUGGAGCAAGCGUGGAUGGGCCAUGGGCUGGUGGGCUAUGAGGGGUGCUGCAUACGAAAACAUCACCAAGGGCGUUGUGGGAGGAGUGAGCAAGAGAAUGCCCUCCUUCAUCGGGGGCAUUCUUGAAGACUACGAGUACUUGUGGGAGAAUUACUACUUUAGCACCAGCGCAUAA